UGUUCUUCGGACACAGCGGAUCACCGAUCACGGAAAGAGCCGAAGAUGUCGGCUCGGUCAUGUGAUCAGCUGUGUCCAAUCACAGCUGAUCACAUGGCACUGAUGAUCAAUGUAGCCCCAGCAGUGCCAUCUGUCAGUGUCCGCCAGUGCCCAUCAGUGCCACAUAGUGCCUACCAGUGCACAUCAAUGCCACAUAUCAGUGCCCAUCUGAGCUGCCUUUCAGUGUCACCCAUCAGUGCCAGUCAGUGCCACCUAUCAAUGCCAAUCAGUGCCAGUCAGUGCCACCUAUCAGUGCCAGUCAGUGCUGCCUAUCAGUGUGCAUCAGUGCCGCCUAUCAGUGCCUGUCAGUGCCGCCUAACAGCGCCAGUCAGU